UUUGAAAAUUUAUAAAAAUUGAUGUUAUAUAUGAAAUGUAAGAUGAGAUGCAUUAUCAAUUUAUAAUAAAAGAUUCGGGUUGCAACUUCAUAGAAGCAAAGUAAAGCCGCUUUUUUGCCCCCACUAGAAACAUCUGUUCUCACAAAUCUCUUCCAACCUUAUGAUAAGACACCUUACCCUUAUAUAUAACAAUCCGGCCCUCACUCCUCCUCCAGCCCCACAUAGAAAAAUAAAUGCAAAAAAUGACUUGUUUCGCUUGGCUUUGUGUGGUCCUCUUAUGUGCUGGUAGUUUCCUUACAACCUCAGCUAUUGGAACUCCUCAAAUGCUUAAGAGCAGAGAUUUCUUGAUUUCCUCGAACCAUCUCUCUCCAUCAGAUGAUCCACAUGAGCAAGAUUAUGGUAGAAGAGACCUAAUCAUGGGAUUGAAGAAUAUUACGUCGACAGAAGACGCGCAGAAAGGAAAGGGACCCUACGGUGGUGCUAAUGUAGUUCAUCGCAGGCCAGCCAAGAAAAGCGCUGCACCGUUGCAUAAGCCUUGUUUUCUUGUCUCAUCUCUUGGUUUCACCUUCACUCUGCUCCUUGCUCUCCAUCUCCAUUACCCUGACUGAACGGAAUCGUUAUCCGUCUGUAUAUUUUUUUGGUUUGCUUCAUUAGUUUGUAAGUGAUUUGUUUGAACUAUUUAGUAAUUCAGAGGGUGUGCAACUCAACUGUUGGCAGAGAAAAUUAGCACGGUUAUGCAAUACCAAUGAAAAAUUGCAGCACUAAUACACUAUCAAUUAGUACUUCAUAGGCAUAGGCUGGUCCAAGAAUUGCAUCAUUAUCCUUACAGAAAAGGUUUGGCAUAUCUAGGAAUGUUGCCGAGGUAGACAGCCACAUACUGACAGAAGAACGGUAAUCGUUUGAGCAUAAAAACGCACAAGAAACUAGGAGAUGCGAGGAGGUUUUUAGGUAGAUCUGAAGGUUGUCAAACAUAUGUAUCAUAUGUUUCAAAUGUCAUAGAGCAG